GCGCGUCGCGCUCGAGCCGCUGCCUGAGGUGAGGCGGUUUGCCGCCUCUCAGCGGCGUCGGGCGCUGCUGGGACGCGGCAGGCGGCGGCUCGGCGGGUCCCUCCCACCCGGAGUCGCCCAGGCGCCUCCUCCGCUCCCCUCCCUCGGUCGCCGCCGCUGUGAGUCACGACGACGGAGGGAGGAGGCGGCUGAGGACAGAAAGCGAGAGGGAGAAGCGGCCGCUUCCCCACACGCCGCUCGUCUCCGAGGCUGCCUCGCCGGACCCAGCCCGCCCAAGUCCCGAGGGGGGAGAAAAAUCGCGCCUCGACCUUGCCCCCCCCCCUCUCAGAUUGGCUUCUUGCAGUGGUUCCAAACUGAGAACAGAUCAAAACUGAGAAUUCAGCAUACAGAAUCAGGUGAUCCCUACAUGCUUUGCCCAAAGCCCAAAUCUCAUCUUUGAUUUCUUCUUCCUGGCCAUUCCAACUGAACAUUCUCAUAGCCUGAGGUUACUAAGGAAGCAGGAGCCACGGGAACUGUCAGGAGGGGAAUGAACCGAGAGGGUGUCCCCGGGAAGAGUCCGGAGGAGAUGUAUAUCCAGCAGAAAGUGAGAGUCCUGCUUAUGCUUAGGAAGAUGGGAUCAAAUUUAACUGCCAGCGAAGAGGAAUUUUUGCGGACAUACGCAGGGGUAGUGAAUAGCCAACUUAGCCAGCUUCCUCAGCAUUCUAUUGAUCAGGGUGCUGAGGAUGGGGUGAUGGCAUUUUCCAGAUCAGAGACAGAAGACAGAAGGCAGUAGCUGAAGGACUGUCCCAGCAGUACAGACCUGGAGUGGGGAAAACAAGGCUUGCGGAGAUAAGGAAGAUGGCUGGACAUUCAUGAGUUCCUUUGCCCUCUCCGGAUUUCUUUGCCCCGUGGUAGCCUUUCCCCCUCCUCAGUUCAGUUUCUCAUUGCCCAGCUGUCUGAAUGCAUCUCAUAGCCGUCUGUCAUGUUAUGUCCUGUUGGUGGCUGUGCUGGGCUGUGUUAAUUGAGGAUAACUAGAGGAAUGCAUUUCUGAUUGGCUCAGAAAAGGAGGACUCUGAUUGGAUAAGGGAAGAAAACGUGACCAGUGGAAACACUCCUCACCCCCCUCCCUAUCCCACCUGUUUGUUUUUAAUUUUGUGUUUUUAAGAACCGUUGCCAACAUCCUUCUCCUUAAAAGCCUCCAAGUGUUAGUGCUUAUGUAGGUCAUGUUUGUGUGUUCUCGGAGAGUGACUUGGCUGGGUGAAACUGGAAAUGGACUGACUGCUGGUGCCAAGUGAGUGGCUUGCAGGUGUUUUGUCAGCAUCCAUGUUUUCCUUGCUAGAAAGCUGGGGGUGGGGAAGGGAAGGGGGACUUAAAUUUUGUCUUCACAUUUAUUGUCAUGGAGGAAUGUUUGGCCAUAUUUAUUAUAUGCUUGCAUACCUCUUUUUUUCCUUUUUCUUGGCCCAAUUGUUGGCUUCCCUGUUGGCUGCAGUGUCUAUAACUGGCUUCUCUGCAUUAAUCUACUCCGAGGCCUCCAGCUGUAUUUGAGGAAUUUGGGCAGGAAAGCAUGGUUUUCUCACACAUUUUCCAGCAGGAAGAGAGAUUCACAGAAGCUGCGCAGCUUCAAUGAGUGCUGUGGAAACAAGCCUCUGAUGGAAACCAGUGGUGGCUUUGUUGCACCUUGCUUGAGGCCUGUGUACAUGGUACGGAUUGCAAGCGACCCAGAUCUGUGUGACAGCCCAGUGUCAAACAAGUAUUAGCACAAAUGAGUAAUUCUGUACAGACUGUGUCCCCUGACCUUUAACACGGUUUACUACUGGCCUGUGAACCCAUUAACAGGUUAUCUCAAAUAGCAUUUGGCCUGAACCUGCCUUGAUUAGUGAGAAGGAAUGGAUCUAACCCUCCAUGAGGCUUGCUUUCCAGUGGUCACUGAUCCCGUUGGAGUCACUGCAUGUGUACUCGAGGGAUCUCCUCACAAGUCCUGCAAGUAACACAUCCUGUUCCUACAUGUGAUGAGAAAGUCCCUCAAACAGUAGCAGUUUGAAUCAAAUGUCCUGACUUGCCCACUAAACCACCCUGUUCUACUGCCAAAAACCAAGUGUAUUUCCUUUUCUGUUACGUACCAUGAUUUUCUCAGUACUUCCAGGAAGGCAGCUGCAGUGAGUUGCACUGAAAAAGUAUUCUGGAAAAUAUUUAAAUAGAAACCUAUUCCUCCGGUCUGUGUGUCUUUGGGACAGCAGUUGUUCUCUAGAGAAAUGGCUUAAGGCCCUGGCUGUGAUGAACACAACCAUUUUGCAGGGCCUGUAGCUAUGAGGGUACAGAUGCUGUUGCUAUGUUUUUGUGUGCGUAUGUGUGUGAGUGUGAGAAUGAGAGCGAGAGAGAAGUUACCCUGAAUAAAUAAACAUCGUCUACCUGCAACAGCAGCAACUCUACCACCAGAAAACAAUACUUGAGUUUCAAUUUGCAGCUUUCUAUGAAUUUAAAUGAAACCAGCAAUAAAUGCACCCCUUUCCGUUCAACCUUUAUUCCCUAUUCCUGCUUUUUUCUGUGGCAAGGAUUCGAGAUGGAUUCCUUUCAGCAGUUUUCCAGCAUUCAAAAUACGCUGUUGCUGGGGAAAACGCUCAAACUCCAAUCGCAAGAGCUGGGAGAACCAGAAUGAAGGACAGCUUUCUCCCCUCUGUUCCUUCAAGAAUUUUUUGUCUUCUGUGGGAGGGUGGAUGUUCUUUAUUCUGCUGUUCUUCUGGGGGCCUCGAAACAUGGAGUACAUGAUUUUCCCCUUUAUUUUGUAAUGAUAAAAACAGUAUGAGAGAGGUAAAGCUGAGAGAGCAUGACUAGCCAAGGUCCCUGAGCGAGCUUCAUGGCUAAGGAGGGAUUUGAACCUGCAUUCUCCCCAAUCUUACUGUAACAUUUGGAAUCCUCAUGCUAGCUGGCCUCUCUGGUCCACUGACUGAGCAGUUCUCACUAGGAGUCAUUGGAAGAAGGCUGCCCUAUCUCUCUGCUUAUCGUUUCUUGUGGGUUUUUUAAAUGUCACUAACUUCUUUCCCCAGAUGUGUUUUCUGGGGAUGAGAUUUACACUCCUGAUGCUGGACCACUGUUGAUGUUCUUUUAAAAAGCCUCAAAAUCUUUCAGACCCCCCCCCCCAAACUUUCACUGACUUCGCUGAGUUGGAGGGGCUCUGCAGCUACAACCUCCCUGUUGGCUUUGGCACAUGGAUGUAUGUUAUUUUCCAGCUGUUGCAUAUUUCUGAAGAAGCAAAGUGCAGUGUGUCUGUGAUUCUAGGUGGGGGAGGGGGGGAAGAGAGCUAAAAUACAGUUUGUGAGAGCUA